UGCGGUCACAUGUAAUACCGCCGUAACUUUUGUCUUCACCUCUCGCCGGUUACAAAUCUCUCUCCAGUCUCCAUUCUCUCUCUCUCUCUCUCUCUCUCUCUCUCUACAUAUAGACACACACAUCACACUUAAGUUGAGGCAUCUUCGUCACUGUUUGUAGAUCAUCGAGCUUCUAUUAUGGGUUCUUUCAUACACAUUGUGUUUUAGACUUCUUACUGAUGUCAGCUAACACUCUCAGAGAUCUCAACAUGCUCCCUGAAUCCGAGAACAAAACUGAGACUGAGAGCUCUACUAAUGGAGAAUUUCACAAGCCUCAGACUGAACAUACUGAAGAAAACCGUGAAGAAAGGAAAAACUCUUGUCCCUUGGUUGAAAUAUCUCCCAAUGAAAAUGGCGCACUAGUUUCUGGGACAGAGGCAGCCAGCAUAGAAGUGGAAUACAUUGAAUCUGAGAAUCUGGAUGAUGUUGAAGAUGUUGAUACAAGUCUUGAGAUUCUCUUAGUUGGCCUUGAGUCAAAAGACUGGGUUGUUGUGUGUGGAGCACUCAAUAAUGUACGUCGGUUAUCUCUGUUCCACAAGGAGCUGUUGCAUGAGAAGCUGGGCAAUGUGAUAUCACUUGUUGUAAAAUCAUUAAAGAACCCAAGAAGUGCUGUAUGCAAAACAGCAGUUAUGGCCUCAGAGGACAUCUUUAAGGCAUAUAAUGAUCACACUAUUGAUUCACUAGAUCCACUGCUUGUUCAACUUCUUCUAAAGUCUGCACAAGACAAACGGUUUGUAUGCGAGGCAGCUGAAAAAGCUUUAAUCGCCAUGACCACUUGGGUCUCCCCAGUAUUGUUGUUACCCAAGUUACAACCUUGUCUCAAGAACAGAAAUCCUCGAAUUCGAGCAAAGGCUUCAAUGUGUUUUUGUCGCAGUGUGCUUCGAUUGGGAUUUGAUGGAAUCGAGACAUAUGGGAUUGACAAAAUAAUCCAUAUAGCUGCGACACAACUCAUUGACCAGCUUCCUGAGUCCAGAGAAGCUGCUCGAACUCUUCUGUUGGAGUUGCAGAGCGUCUACGAGAAUUCACACAUCUCAUCAGCUGCUGCCUUAACUGAGAACCAAGACAAGAAUUCUUGGGAGCAGUUCUGCCUAUCCAACCUUUCACCAUUAAGUGCACAAGCGGUCCUUCGUGUGACCAAUGUGGCAAGAGAGGGACUUUCCAAAGAUCCCUAGAAAUGAUGCAAUGUUUAUGAAAUUAUAGUGGGUAUUUCUCCUUCACUUCAUUCUAUAUUGGUUCAUUGGCUUUUACUUGUAAAUACUGUGAAAUAUUAUAACGAGAUGGUAGGAAGGGUGUUGACGCAUGUAGUUAAGCUGCAUACUAUACAUUGGUUGAGUUGAUAUAUAUAUAUCUUUUUUACUA